AGAUCAGUCACUCAGACACACAGAAAAUGCUGAAUAACACUGUAACACUGAUGAGGAGCCUGGCUGCCAUAGUCAUUAUUGCUUUUUCCAGCUGGACUGUAACAGAUGCGGAGAAAGUGAGCCCUUGCUGUGUUGCUGUCUCCAGAUACAUGGAGAAUAUUCCCAUUACAGGUUACAAAUUACAGGAGAGAAACAUACCAUGCGUUAAGGCUGUCAUUUUUAAGACAGAAAAAGGACAGUUUUGCAUUGAUCCAAAUCAACCCUGGGUGAAGAGGAAGAUUAUUGAGUUUAGGAAGUCACUUAAGAACAAAAUAUCUCCAACCUCUGCCCCACUGAAUCAGACUUCCUCAGCAACAGAAAAUUCAACUGUGCACUCCGGAGGAAAAACAACAAACCACAGCUCACUUCACUAAAUAAUAAAUCGCAGUGAUGUCUCUAACAUGUAAAGCUAGGUUUAUAUUGUGUUUUAGUUUUCACUUUUUAUUUAUGCUUUUCUAAAAUAACCUUAUAAAAUAUCAGACUAGUUAAUGUACUUAUAUGCAAUAAAUUAUAAUUUUUAGCUGAAUACUAAGAUUUGCUGUUGUUAUAUACAAAUGCAACAAACAUCAUUCACAAAUUCUGUUACAUUUAUGUUCACCCACAUACACCUCAUGAAGUAUUCAUAUAUGAGACUAUGCUGUAAUAAUUUUCUCCUUGGAACUGAUUCAUUUUCUAGAUUUAGCAUCUUGCUCUUGACUGUGCUAGUUCAGAGGAACACAACCACCAGGUCAUGACUCAUUAAUAGUUCAUGGAAGAGUUGCUCUGUAUGUACUGUAUACAGUGCAUUCAGAAGGUAUUCCAGCCCCAUUUAGUUUUUUCAAUUUUGUGUUGUUGUAGCCUGAUACUAAAAACAUUCAUAUUUAUUUUUUCUUCUUUAAUCUACACUCAGUACCCCAAAAUGAAUGGGAGAAGAAUUCUAAGAUUGUCUGUAAGACUUUUUUUCAAAUAAAAAAAGCUGAAAUAUUA